AUGAAGGGCAAGGAGGAGAAGGAAGGCGGCGCGCGGCUGGGCGCCGGCGGCGGAAGCCCCGAAAAAAGCCCGAGCGCGCAAGAGCUCAAGGAGCAGGGCAACCGGCUCUUCGUGGGCCGCAAGUACCCGGAGGCGGCGGCCUGCUACGGCCGCGCCAUCACCCGGAAUCCUCUGGUGGCAGUGUACUACACCAACCGGGCAUUGUGCUACCUGAAGAUGCAGCAGCACGAGCAGGCCCUAGCAGACUGUCGGCGGGCCUUGGAGCUGGACGGGCAGUCUGUGAAGGCACACUUCUUCCUGGGACAAUGCCAGCUGGAGAUGGAGAGCUACGAUGAGGCCAUUGCCAACCUGCAGCGAGCCUACAACCUCGCCAAGGAGCAGCGGCUCAACUUUGGGGAUGACAUCCCUAGUGCCCUGCGCAUCGCCAAGAAGAAGCGCUGGAACAGCAUUGAGGAGCGGCGCAUCCACCAGGAGAACGAGCUGCACUCCUACCUCACCCGGCUUAUCGUGGCCGAGCGGGAGAGGGAGCUGGAAGAAUGCCAGAGGAACCACGAGGGUGAUGAGGACGACAGCCACGUUCGGGCCCAGCAGGCCUGCAUCGAGGCCAAGCACGACAAGUACUUAGCAGACAUGGAUGAGCUUUUCUCCCAGGUGGAUGAGAAAAGAAAGAAGCGAGACAUCCCCGACUACCUGUGUGGCAAGAUCAGCUUUGAGCUCAUGCGGGAGCCGUGCAUCACACCCAGUGGCAUCACCUACGACCGCAAGGACAUCGAGGAGCACCUGCAGCGUGUGGGUCACUUUGACCCUGUCACCCGGAGCCCCCUGACCCAGGAACAGCUCAUCCCGAACCUGGCCAUGAAAGAGGUCAUUGAUGCGUUCAUCUCUGAGAACGGCUGGGUGGAGGACUACUGAGGCCGGGCGAGCGCAAGGGCAGCCCGCCGUGCCUAGUAUCCUGGCCCAGGAGGGCCUUGGGGCAGUAGCUCCCAGUCCCUGUACAUAGUUUGUGUCCCUAGAUCCCUGCCCCAGUGUCCCCACCCCCACCCUCAUCAGUUUUGCUGCUGGACCAUGAACCCCACCUCCACCUGUCUGGGCCAGAAACAGCAGGUGAGGGUGGGCUGCCGCCACCACUGUCCUGUAAUAAAAUCUGUGAGCACUAA